GAGGCCUUCUUCACUCUAUAAAAAUAUCGCUCUCUCUGCCUUUCUCGGAUUACCUGGCCAAUUGUAUUUUCUCUCUGUGUAAUCUCAUUUCCGUUUCCUUGGUUUGCAAUUUGUUUUACCGCGUUUUUUUCCAGUUAGCCCCGCGCUUUUCCAUUUUCCGAUCAAGAUUCUUCGCUUUCCGACGUAAUUAUCCAUUUUCCAGUGUUUUUCUCAGAUUUCCAGCGCAAGUUCUCUUUUUCUCAGCGUGUUUUCUCAUUUUACUGUCCAUUAUCUCCAAUUUUCCGGCGCUGUUUCUCUCAGGGUUCCUGACUUUACAGGUGAUAGUUUCCAUUUGCGGCCGUAUCUCUCAUAGUUUGCGGCAUAGUUUCUUGAUUUUCCUGGCCAUUUUUAUAUUACAGGCCACCGUCAAGCGUUCGAUAUUUGAUCAAGGUUCAUUUUCUUUGACGAUUGUCUAAGAUUCUAGUACAUUUCCUGGCAAGACCUGGGAAUUUCUGGCCAACUUCAGGCGAAUCCUUGAGUUUCCGGCCAAUAUCCAGCAGGCACCAUGCCUAACAGGCACCCAGGUAUGAUUACCCAAGACUGGGAACCAGUAACCAUUCACAAAACCAAGCAAAAGGCGAGUGAGCUCAAAGACCCUAAGGCAGUGAACGCAGCCAUGAGAGCCGGUGCUCAGGUCCAAUCUGUGAAGAAAUUCGACGCAGGGUCCAACAAGAAGGGCACAAAUGCGCUGCCAGUGAACACCCGCAAGCUCGAUGAGGAGACGGAGCCUGCAGCUCUAGAGAGGGUUAAAGUAGAGAGGGUUAAAGUGGAGAGGGUGAGGGUUAAAGAAGAGAGGGUGCCUGCAGCUCUAGAGAGGGUUAAAGUGGAGAGGGUUAAAGUGGAGAGGGUUAAAGUAGAGAGGGUUAAAGUGGAGAGGGUUAAAGUGGAGAGCGUUAAAGUAGAGAGGGUUAAAGUGGAGAGGGUUAAAGUGGAGGGGGUUAAAGUGGAGGAGAGAGCAAAGUGCUGGGUGGCCCUUUCAUCACAACAAAAACAAGCCAAGGCCGGACCUAUAGGGACCCAGACUCGGUUCAGGACCCAAGCCCCUAAUGCUAUAGUAUCACCCAAUGCUCCUGAGAAUACGGAGCGCAUUAUAUCGAUGCAAAAUAUAAACAGCCAAAUAUAA